AUGAAGCUCCUCUCCCUCCUCGCCCUUCUCCCUUCCGCUCUGGCCGUGGCCAUUCCCCAGGCAACCACGGCCACCGGUGCUGCCGCAACGCCCUCUCCUUCCCUGGUGCCUACCGGCCCGGAGUACCACCUCAAGUCGAAGCUGGUCAAUGACAACGAGACCGUCUCCAAGGCCAAGUUUGACGGCCUCUACCUCGUUGCGACGCACACGGGCGCCGGCCUCAACGACGCUGUCUUCAGCUCGCAGAAGCAGUAUGCCAUCAAGGGUUUCCAGAACAUCACUGAGAGCACCGGCGAGAGCUACCAGGAAUUUGACCUUGGCAACUAUUGGCCCUACGGCCUGAACCUUGGUUACGCCGCCUACGCUGCCUGGUCCCCGGUCACGAUUGACGCGGGCCAGGGUGACGACGGCUUCAUCCUGCAGGCUAAUGGCGUUGUUUCAACUACCGGCUCUUUCGGCGGCUGGCUGGCCUGUGACUGGUGGCACAACGAGCCGCAGCUCUUCUAUAUCAACAAGUUCUACCCCCUCGACACUCCUUCUAGCUGCGCCCAGAUCUACCUCGUCAAGGAGGAUCUGUAA